GGAGGAGUGGGAGCCCGGCCAGGCCCGGAGGGGUCCGGGAGAGGCUGCAGGGGGUGGGGCCUUCCCCCUCUCCAAGGGCAAGGAGUUAGUCUAGAUGAAGUAAGUUGGAAGAAAUGGAAGAAAGGAAAAUCAAGAGGAGGAGCCCCAAAUCAUCUACCAGUCACCCUGCUCAGGUUGCUAGCUCCAAGAAAAACUCGGUGCCCGUCAGUAAAAGUACAGCCUUUUCAAAUCCUGCACCCCAGCCUGCAGUACAGAAACCAAAGUUAAAGCGAGUAAUAAAAGAGAAAGCCAAACCCCCAGGAGGGGAAGCAAAAGGGGCACAGGCAGCACCAAUCCAGCAUUCGUUUCUCACAGAUGUAUCAGAUGUUCAAGAAAUGGAACGGGGACUUCUGAGUCUCCUGAAUGACUUCCACUCUGGCAAACUACAAGCAUUUGGAAAUGAAUGUUCCAUAGAACAGAUGGAGCAUGUGAGGAGCAUGCAGGAGAAACUGGCUCGCCUCCAUCUGGAGCUCUAUGGGGAGCUGGAAGAACUCCCUGAAGAUAAAAGAAAACUAGCCAGUGACUCCAACCUGGAUAGGCUGCUGUCAGAUCUAGAAGAACUGAAUUCAUCUAUCCAAAAACUACAUUUAGCAGAUGCUCAAGAUAUUCCAAAUAGUGCCACGGGCUGAUAGAACAGCUUUGUCAGUUUGGAUUCUCCCAGAAGCUUUUCUUUUGUUUUUCCUGACAGCGGAAUCUUGAACAGCUGGGUUUUUGUGGUUUUGGGUUGUUUUUGUUCUGUUCUGUUUUAAUUUUACACAAUUAGGAAUCAAAGUGAAAAUUCAAGUGUUUAUUUUUACACAUUCCUCUGAGCACUUCAUUACGUCAGGACUCAGUAUCUGGAGUUUUAAAUAGGUUACUGUGAUGCUAUACUUUUUAUUAUUGCCUUAAUUUAAAUAGACAAAUUGGGGAAAUUUGAAAGUACAGUUCUUCUGUUCUGUGUUGUUCAUAUGGUUGAAAGUUAUAUGUAUAUAAGUUCAUUAGCAUUUCUCCAGUUUUCAUGAAGGUAGCAAUCAUGUAAAGUCAUGUCAGUAAGUAGACAAUCUGCACUCUAUAUCUUUAGUGUUUUGUUGAUCAGUAAUGCCACAAAAUAAUUUAUUGCUAAUAAAGUAAAUCAGUUUAAAUAUAUGAUGUUUCAUUUAGAGAAGCUGCUAUCUGUUCAUCUGUGUGAAGAUGAUACAAAUUUUGAAUGGUCUGAAUUGAAUGUUUGCAGAGUUUACUUUUUUUCCUAACUGUGAAUAAUUUAUAAAGUGUCACUAAAUUAGAACUAGCAUACAUGCUAGUAGUCCACAUAAUUAAGUAUUGUGAAAUUUGAAAAUAGGGUAGAUAGUUAUUAUUCAAUAAAAGCAGUAUAU